AUGGCGAGUGCGGGGCCGGGCUGCCGGCGCUGCCUGAGCCGAGGGGCGGUGGCCGUCCGGCGGGGCUUCGAGCGGGCGCUGAGCCGGCAGCAGCAGGGGGAGCCGCCCAGUCUAGAUGCCAAACCCAAGAAGACAAGCCAAGUCCCAAAGAUCUACACGAAGACCGGCGACAAAGGAUUUUCCAGCACAUUCACUGGGGAGAGGAGAGCAAAAGAUGACCAGAUCUUUGACGCCUUGGGGACACUGGAUGAAUUAAGUUCCACCCUAGGGUUGUGUGCUGAAUUUGGCCGUGAACAUGGUCACUCCUUUGUGGAAGAACUUCACAAGGUGCAGUGUAUGCUGCAAGACGCUGGCUCCAACGUGGCAACUCCGAUCUCCUCUGCCAGAGAGUCUCACUUAAAACGAACGUCCUUUAGUGAAAAGCCCGUCCUGGAACUUGAGACCUGGAUCGAUCGAUACUCGGACCAGCUUCCACCUCUGACAGCUUUCAUUUUGCCGUCCGGGGGCAGGAGCAGUGCUGCUCUCCAUCUCUCCAGAGCCGUCUGUCGCAGGGCUGAGAGGUGCGUCGUUCCUCUAGUGAAAUCUGGAGAAGUGGAUGCAAACGUGGCCAAGUACUUGAACAGGCUUAGCGACUACCUGUUUGUCUUGGCCCGCUACGCUGCAAGGAAGGAAGGGAAGGAAGAAAAAGUCUACACCAGAAUGGAGCCGUAA